UCCGUGCGCCGCCCUCUGGGCAGCCGCGAGUCGAAGGACCUGCGCGCGGUCGCGAGGGAUCUCCCAGGUUCCGGGCAUUCCCCAGGUGUACGGCAUCCUCGGCGCAGCCUCAGCACUGGGACCCAGCUGAUGACAGAUCCUGACGCCGAGUGACUGACGUACCCACUGCUUCUUGGGUCACAUACCAGGGGCCGCGAUGGACCUCGUUCUCAGCGCUGCAGAUUACUACUUCUUCACCCCGUACGUCUACCCAGCCACAUGGCCUGAGGACAACAUCGUCCGGCAAACUAUUAGUCUCCUGAUAGUCACCAACCUGGGGGCUUAUAUUCUCUACUUUUUCUGUGCAACCCUCAGCUAUUAUUUAGUCUAUGAUCAUUCGUUAAUGAAGCAUCCGCAGUUUUUAAAGAAUCAGGUCUCUCGAGAGAUCAUGUACACUGUCAAGUCUUUGCCGUGGAUCAGUAUCCCCACCAUUUCACUGUUUCUACUGGAGUUGAGGGGCUACAGCAAACUCUACGAUGACAUAGGAGACUUUCCAAAUGGCUGGAUUCAUCUCAUUAUGAGCGUGGUAUCCUUCCUCUUUUUCACGGACAUGCUUAUCUACUGGAUCCAUAGGGGCCUGCACCACAGACUGGUCUACAAGCGCAUACAUAAGCCUCACCAUGUGUGGAAGAUCCCCACUCCAUUUGCAAGCCACGCUUUUCACCCUGUGGACGGCUUCCUUCAGAGUCUGCCCUACCACAUCUACCCCUUUGUCUUUCCACUGCACAAGGUGGUCUACUUAGGUUUAUAUGUCUUGGUUAAUGUCUGGACAAUUUCUAUUCAUGAUGGUGAUUUCCGUGUUCCCCAGGUUCUAAGGCCAUUUAUUAAUGGGUCAGCUCACCACACGGACCACCACAUGUUCUUUGACUAUAACUACGGGCAGUAUUUCACACUGUGGGAUAGAAUUGGGGGCUCUUUUAAACACCCCUCCUCCUUUGAAGGGAAGGGACCGCACAGUUACGUGCAGAAGAUGGCAGAAGACUCCAAGAGCCAUGCAGAGAAUGGCUGUAAAAGCAAAGAAUUAUGCAAUGGAGAGUUUACAAAAAAUAAAUAGACUAUUUCCCAGUUAUUAGCGAUUCUAAAUAAGGAAAUUAUCUACACACAGUCAAGAUACAUAGCAAAUAAGUGGUGUCAUUUGAAUGUCAGCAUGGCGUGUCGUGCUGAGGAAUGGUCCUGGGGGUGAACUGAGGGAAGAUGCACCGAGAUUGUAAUCUCAUUACUAAUACGCCAGACAUUGGUCCAGGAACAACUUAUGUCUUUCCAGUGAGCAGAUGUGCAGCCUGUACAGCCCAACAACAACUUUAAAUACGAUAGAAAAUAAGCUAUGGAAGAAGCUGGUCUGCGUCCUUUUGCCUUAAUCCACUCAUACUCGUUAAGGAAAAAAGUUACCCAUUGUGCGUAACAAAACUGAGACUAGCCUGGAAAUACUAAUGUAAAGAUGGCUGCUGUUCCAGGAGCGGCUGGCUCUGCAGUGGGGGUAGAGGACUUGCAGGGCUUUAAUUAAAUAGGAACAUCAGCCUGAACAAGCUAAUACAUGAGUGACUAUGUAUAUGAUUUUCUUAACGGCUGAUGUAAUAAGAUUGUAUUUUCUUCCUACACAUAGGCACCUUACUUGGAGGCAUUAUCAGAUUUUAAUAAUGAAUAAAUAAAUGGUUAUUUUUUUGAAUGUCAGCUCUUCCAUGAUUCAGUCUAGAUAGGAGAUUACUUAACUAAAGAUCUUGAUGAGUGUCAUCAUUUUUUAUUUUCUAUUUUUUGAGACAGGCUUUCUCUGCAUAGUCCUGGCUGUCCUGGAACUCGCUAUGUAGUCCAGGCUGGCUUCAAACUCGGAGAUCUGUCUGACCCCGCUGGGAUUGAAGGUGUUCACCACCACUGCCCUGCUUGAUGUGGGCCAUUUAAAACCACUGUUUAAUAAGCCCAGAGACAUGAAUCUGGAUAAGUAUCUCCCAAAGUUGUGGCACCUAGGUGACACAUUUCUUUUAAAUAAAGUGGAUACACUGUA